GCGGCAUGCGCAGUAGCGCCCGCUGCACUGACGGAAGGCCGUUUGUGACACUGACGAGUGUAGAAGGCCCGGCGGCGGGGAUGCGCGUGCCUCGGGCGGAGUGAGCGGCCCGCGGGGCGGCGAUGGCGACGGCGGGGGGUUCGGGCGGGCCCCCGGAGGCGGCCCCCGCGGCGCUGCAGCGGGAGCCCGUGUAUAACUGGCAGGCCACCAAGGGCUCCCUGCAGGAGCGCUUCGCCUUCCUCUUCACCAACGAGCUGCUCAGCGACGUGCGCUUCGUGGUGGGCAAGGGCGGCCGCGGCAGCCCGGCGGCGGGGGGCCCCCCUGGGCCCGGCCAGCAGCGCAUCCCCGCCCACCGCUUCUUGCUGGCCGCCGGCAGCGCCGUCUUCGACGCCAUGUUCAACGGUGGCAUGGCCACCACUUCGGCCGAGAUCGAGCUGCCCGACGUAGAGCCCGCCGCCUUCCUGGCGCUGCUCAGGUUUCUUUAUUCAGAUGAAGUUCAGAUUGGUCCUGAAACAGUUAUGACUACUCUCUACACUGCCAAGAAGUAUGCAGUCCCAGCCUUGGAAGCACAUUGUGUGGAAUUUCUCACUAAACACCUUAGAGCAGAUAAUGCCUUUAUGCUUCUUACCCAGGCUCGAUUAUUUGAUGAACCUCAGCUUGCUAGUCUUUGUCUUGACACUAUAGACAAAAGUACAAUGGAUGCAAUAAGUGCAGAAGGUUUUACUGAUAUUGACAUAGACACACUGUGUGCAGUACUAGAAAGAGACACACUUAGUAUUCGAGAAAGUAGACUCUUUGGAGCUGUUGUUCGCUGGGCAGAAGCAGAGUGUCAAAGACAGCAGCUGCCUGUGACGUCAGGAAACAAACAGAAAGUGCUUGGAAAAGCUCUAUCUCUAAUCCGUUUUCCACUAAUGACUAUUGAAGAGUUUGCAGCAGGUCCUGCUCAGUCUGGAAUUUUGUCAGAUCGGGAAGUGGUAAAUCUCUUUUUGCAUUUUACGGUCAAUCCUAAGCCUAGAGUUGAUUAUAUUGACCGACCGAGAUGCUGCCUCCGAGGAAAAGAAUGCAGCAUAAACAGGUUCCAGCAAGUGGAGAGCCGUUGGGGGUACAGCGGAACAAGUGACCGAAUCAGGUUCACAGUUAAUAGAAGAAUUUCCAUAGUAGGAUUUGGAUUGUAUGGAUCUAUUCAUGGACCCACAGACUAUCAAGUCAAUAUACAGAUAAUUGAAUAUGAAAAAAAUCAAACACUGGGACAAAAUGAUACUGGAUUUAGUUGUGAUGGAACUGCUAAUACAUUCAGAGUUAUGUUCAAAGAACCUAUCGAAAUUUUGCCAACGGUCUCCUACACAGCUUGUGCAACACUCAAAGGUCCUGAUUCCCAUUAUGGUACAAAAGGAUUGAAGAAAGUAAUCCAUGAAUCUCCCACUGCUAGCAAAACCUGCUUUUCCUUCUCUAGUUCACCCGGUAACAACAAUGGUACAUCGAUAGAAGAUGGACAAAUACCAGAAAUAAUAUUUUAUACAUAAUUACACAGAAUAGUUCAUCUCAGAUAAUGCAAGUAGCAAUGUACAGACUGACAUUGGCAUAAAGUACUUGCUAUUGGUGGCAAUGAUUAAAUUCUAUGAAAUUACAUAAAUAUAUAAUCUCUCCAGGUGUACUAUGAAACUAGAACAUUUCUUAUAGGAGGUACCAGAAAAAUCUAUUUUUCUCUCCAUGAUUAUUGGCAGGAUAUCAAUAAGUUAACAGAUGUAGUUCCUUUUUACCUUCACAAAACAAUGAAAGUAAGAAGUACUCUAUAUUGUAAAGGUAUUUUAAACAUUAUCUUGUGUUUUGUUGGUUUAUUUACUUCCUGACUCCUUACAUUGUCUUCAGCAUUUGGUGAAAUUCUCCUUUGAUCUCCUCGUUUGUUAUGGAAUUUUGGUAUAUUAUUUUUCUUCUUUAAAAAUGCAAUAGCUAUAUUACUUUGUCCCAGACUUGCAUUUCCCUCUAAAAUACUCUUGCAAUGACCAUUAUGGACUCAAGUGACUAACUUUUUUUUUUUUUUUAAUUACAGCAACAAAACUGGAUUUAUACUUUUUUUAAAUUAAAUGAGCCAUGAAGAAAUACCUGGGUUAACACUGUAAACAGUAUCUGGAAUUGUAUUAAAGAAAUAUAGCACAUACUUGUAGCUGAGAUCUACAAUGUACAAUACUUCAAUGGUCUUGGUUUCAUUCAGAAAUGUGUAUUUUAUAGUAAUGUACUGGAGCGUGUAAGUUGGUAUGGUGAUGACUAUUGUAUAUAAAUAUGCUUGCAAAAAUGUAUAAUGUGAAGAUAUGAAAAUACAAGACUUCUAUUAAUAGUAUUCUAGGACCUGGAUGCUCAAGCAUUAACCAACACUAAAAUCUUGAUCUGAUUUAACGUUAUCUGUUUGUGCAUUUAGUUCCAGAGAAUAUCUACAAGUGGGUAUGAGGCAGUGCAGCCAAUUGAAAGGUGCAAUAAAUGUACAUAGAUGAUCAGUCAGUAUACUGUGCAGCAUUCUCUGCAGUUGAUUAAACAGCCAAAGUGUGAAAAUUCCCAUUCACUCCACAGGAUCCUGUACACUCCUACAAACCAUACCCCAAGAAAUUAGUAUGGAGUUGAAAGCAAUGACUGUUUCCCUAAUGUUCUCAUUACUAGCAUAGGUAUGAUAAAGUGUGUACACUUACUUUGGAUUUUAUUUAUAAUGCCACUAAUGUUAUCUGAGCAGAUAAAUAAGGAGUAUUUAGAUCAUUUAGUAUGUUUAUUUUAAAGUGAGCUUAAAAUAAGUGAAAAUCCCGUAUCAUUUUUUGCUUGCACAAAAGUCUUGUAAUUUUUUAAAAAUACAUACAGUAACCACUGAGGUAGAAUUAGAGCAGCUUUAAAGUUGAAAUGACAUUAAUAGCAAUGUAAGAGGACUUUAGUUAAACUAUGUAGUGUAAAUAAAGGUUCUUCAAAAAACGUGCAA